CAGACUAGUACUGAAAUGACUAAAGAUUUCCCGUUUACUAGUUUUUGUUCGCUUCAAUUUUCGUAAAUCAAGAUAUCUAGAUUUGAAAAUCUGAUUUGCGGGCGCGUUUCUGCGACACUAACCAGAUCUUACGGGCUAUUUUCCCGGCUACGCCUCACAUGGCGAGCAGCAAUGAGUCUGUCCUGGUCACAGGGGGAUCUGGCUUCAUCGGCACCCAAUGCAUUAUCCACUGUUUGACUGCCGGCUACCGAGUGAAGGCGACAGUCCGGUCGCUGAACCGUAAAGAGACCGUACUUCAAAUGCUUCAGGUUGCAGGUGCCCCGAAUCCCGAAAGUGUUUCAUUCGUGGAAGCCGACCUUACCAAGGAUGACGGCUGGAAAGAAGCUGUCCAAGAUUGCACUUAUGUCCUCCACGUCGCGUCUCCAUUUCCCGCAGAGGCCCCAAAAAAUGAGAAUGACCUGAUCAUUCCCGCCCGCGAUGGUACGCUCCGUGUACUACGAGCGGCUAGAGAUGCUGGAGUGAAGCGCGUUGUUGUGACAUCAUCCUAUGCUGCUAUAGGUCAUGGUCAUCGCAACCGGGACCCGACAACACCAUUUACCGAGCAAGACUGGACCGAUGUGGAUGGGCCUGGAGUCGGAGCUUACGAAAAGAGCAAGACUCUGGCUGAGCGCGCUGCAUGGGAUUUUAUCGAAAAAGAAGGAGGCAAUCUGGAGCUGUCUGUCGUGAACCCGGCCAAUGUCAUGGGACCCGUUCUGGGAUCGGACAUAUCUACUUCAAUUGAAGUUGCCAGCCGCAUGCUGAGUGGUGCAGUGCCAGGAUGCCCAAACAUCGAAUUCGGCAUCGUGGAUGUUCGCGAUGUUGCUGAUCUCCAUCUGCUCGCUAUGGCUCAUCCGAAAGCCAAAGGAGAACGAUUUCUGUGCAUGGCACCCCCCGCAAUGUCGAUCAAAGACAUGGCUUUGACUCUCCGCGAGAAACUGGGACCGAAGGCAAGGAAAGUUCCAACACGGACUAUUCCGGAUUUUGUGUUGAGGUUGCUUGGGCUGUUUGAUUCUGGAAUCGCCCUGGUGGUCCCAUUUCUGAGCGAGCCUCGUCCCGGAUCGAACGAGAAGGCUAAAACGUUGCUUGGCUGGAACCCUCGCUCGAAUGCUGAUGCGGUCGCUGCCACUGGAGAAAGCCUGAUUCGACUUGGGAUAGUGAAAAUAUAAGGAUUUUACUGGCCUUCUUAACUAUCUAAUUCUUUGCAUGACGGAAACUUCCAAAUCUUAGUAAUAGAAUGACUAACUACAAUCGAUAUAACUAGUUGAGUAUUUGUCUGAUACUAUUGACACAAUUGCGAUUUGCUUCAUCAUAUA